AUGCCGAAACUUCCUGAUUUCUAUAAAGUACUAGGCGUUGCCCCGACCGCCAGCCAGCGAGAGAUUCGCACUGCAUACAAGAGGGAAUCCCUGAAGUCCCACCCCGACCGUGUACCAGAAGGAUCACCUGAGAAGGCAGCGCGAACACGCAAGUUCCAGGAGAUCAACGAUGCAUACUACACCCUCUCCGAUAAUUCCCGCCGACGAGAAUACGAUGCGAGAAGGAACCUUGAACAAGAAAUGGACGAAGAUGAGGGAUUACCCGGUGGUGAUGGCGGUUUCUGGUCAUCGUUUGGGUUCGGAUCUGCAGAUCGUGAAGAAAGAUCAAACGAGCAGUUCGGGUCGGUAUUCGAGGAGAUGCUCCGGGAGGAAGGAAUGGAUGGUGCUGAAUCACAAGGAGCAAAAGGGCAUUUCUGGUCAAUUGUCGGGGGUGCCAGCGGCGGUGCCCUUGGCUUCAUCAUGGCGAAUGCUCCUGGUGCCAUAGCUGGUGCAGUCGCUGGGAACCGCCUAGGAGCUGUCCGAGAUGCCCGUGGCAGAAGUGUCUAUGAAGUUUUCUUGGAGCUACCUGCGACCGACCGCGCGCGGCUGCUGAGCCAACUGGCAGCCAAAGUUUUCCAGCACACUAUGGGGCACAUUAUGUCUACCGUUGCAGGCGCCGGGGUCUAUCCCGCUUUGGAGAACCGCCCAUUAAAAGACACGAUUUGCCUUUUCGAUGUCGACAACACAUUGACGCCGGCAAGGAGGCACGCCACAAAUGAGAUGCUCCAGGUGCUCUCGCAACUGCGACAGAAGUGCGCUAUCGGCUCUGUUGGCGGAUCCGACUUCUCCAAACAGCAAGAACAACUCGGUUCCUCGAGCGUGAACGUCACCUCCCUCUUUGACUUCUGCUUCGCCGAGAACGGUUUGACCGCAUACCGCUUGGGAAAGCCCCUUACUGGUAACAGCUUCAUUGAAUGGAUAGGAGAGGAAAGGUACCAGAAGCUGGUAAACUUUAUCCUCAGGUACAUCGCGGACCUGGAGAUCCCGAAGAAGCGUGGUACUUUCAUUGAGUUCCGAAAUGGAAUGAUCAACGUCAGCCCCAUUGGUAGAAAUGCUUCUGUCGAGGAGCGGAACGACUUUCAAGAGUAUGACCGAGUGCACAAUAUCCGUGGACCCUUCGUAGAAGCUCUGAAGAAAGAAUUCCCCGACUAUGGACUCAGCUACUCCAUUGGAGGCCAAAUAUCCUUCGAUGUUUUCCCUACCGGCUGGGACAAGACUUACUGUCUGAGACACGUCGAGGCCGAGAGAGAGAUCUCAGGCAUUGAUUAUAAGACUAUCCACUUCUUCGGCGAUAAGACAUUUCCUGGCGGUAACGACUUUGAAAUCUACGACGACGCCCGGACCAUUGGGCACUCCGUGAAGGACCCUGAGGACUGUUUGAAGCAGCUUAGGGAAUUGUUCCAGCUAUAG